AUGGAGUAUUACAGGAAAUCCACUUUAAUCGGGUGCUGCUUUCAAACAGUGUUUCUGGACAGGCGUGAUGCCGUUCAUCUGCUCAGGAACCGAAGGGCAAACGUCUUCCUGGAGGAGAUGAAGCCCGGGAAUCUGGAGCGCGAGUGUUAUGAGGAGCGCUGCUCUCUGGAGGAGGCGGCCGAGAUCUUCCAGAGCAGAGAGAAAACGAUGGAGUUCUGGUACAGAUAUCAGAAUCAGAAUCUGUGUGGCUUUAACCCGUGUCUGAAUGGAGGAAUCUGCAGCGAGGGCCGCGGCGUGCGCGAGUGUCUCUGUCCUCCGCAGUACAGCGGGCCGAACUGUCAAACAGAGGUGUUUGACUGUAAGUUUAAGAACGGAGGGUGUCUGCAUUACUGCAGUCAGUCAGAGCAGACGGCAGGUGUUGUGUGCAGCUGCGCAGACGGUUACCAGCUGGAUGAAGACGGACGGAGCUGCAGUCCAUCAGUGCAGUAUCCGUGUGGGAAGCAGUGGAUCGGUGGGAUCAUGUCUCGCUCACUGGAUGAUAUAAACCUCACGGAUGCUGAUUAUGCAAACCACACCCACACCACAGCAAACUCCACCCACUCAUUACAUAAAAACAGUUCACUGGACAACUCGACUCACCCGCCAAACCAAACCAAACCUGUGUCACCGGACGAGCUGUCUGACACAGGAAGUGACAUCAGCGGCGUGAAUGAGGACACACGCAUCGUUGGAGGUCAGCUGCAGGGUCAGGGCGGGAGUCCGUGGCAGGUUCUUCUUCGUCGUGAGGAUGAGUACGGUUUCUGCGGCGGGUCUCUGAUCAGUCAGCGCUGGGUCGUGACGGCAGCUCACUGUCUCCAGCAAACACCAGAUCACGUGACCAUCGGAGACUACGAUAAGAUGCGUCCCGACAGAGACGAGCAGAAGAUCGCGGUGCAGAAGAUCGUGCUCCACCCUCACUUCCACGACUACACCUUCGACAGCGACAUCGCUCUGCUGUAUCUGUCCCGUCCCGUCGCUCUGGGUCCGUUCUCUGGCCCGGCCUGCCUUCCCGAUGCCAACCUGGCCACGCGGCUGCUGAGGCCCGGAGAGCAGGGCCUGGUGUCGGGGUGGGGGUCCACGGGCUUCCUGCGGCGCUCCUCCCGCUUCCUGAGGAAGGUGCUGCUCCCGGUGGCCGAUCAGAUGAACUGCAUCAACUCCACCGAGCACGUCAUCACCGACAACAUGUUCUGUGCCGGAUACCUGCUGGAGGAGAUGGACGCCUGCACAGGGGACAGCGGAGGGCCCUUCGUGGUCAACUACAGGGGCACCUGGUUCCUGGCCGGCGUGGUGAGCUGGGGCGAGAGAUGUGCCGCCGAGGGCAAAUACGGCGUUUACACCAGACUCGGAAACUACUUACCCUGGAUACGUGAGGAGAUGAUGAAAGAGGAAUCGGGACGCAGCCGGAACAAAUCCACUACUGAAGCCCCAUAACCUGUACGGCAAAACAGAGUUUCAAAAAUAUUUUUAAUUAUAUUUUAAAAUAUACAAAAAAU